GCGGGGAUUGGUCCGCGCGCUCCUGGCUUGGCUCCUUGCUGCUCGUGGCAGCCUCUCUUGGGACACCUGCUCGCUCGGCCUGUCCGGCGGUGCGGGAAUUCUCUGCCGCGCUCUCUCCCGCCCCCUGGUCCGCAGGGCGGGGAGAAGGGCUGGACCGUCCCAUCUCCGGACCCCGACCCGACCCCGCGGCGCGCUGCUGAGUCGUCCCACGGCGAGAUGAGCGCGGACGCGGCGGCCGGGCCGCCCCUGCCCCGGCUCUGCUGCCUGGAGAAGGGUCCGAACGGCUACGGCUUCCACCUGCACGGGGAGAAGGGCAAGAUGGGCCAGUUCAUCCGGCUGGUGGAGCCCGGCUCGCCGGCCGAGAAGGCGGGGCUCCUGGCCGGAGACCGGCUGGUGGAGGUAAACGGCGAGAACGUGGAGAAGGAGACCCACCAGCAGGUGGUGAGCCGUAUCCGCGCCGCGCUCAAUGCCGUGCGCCUGCUGGUGGUCGACCCUGAGACGGACGAACGGCUGCAGCAGCUGGGCGUCCAGGUCCGGGAGGAGCUGCUGCGCGCCCAGGAAGGGCCCGGGCAGGCUGAGCCGCCGGCCGCCGCGGAGGCGCCGCGCGAGGCCGAGAAGAGCCCGCCGGAGCGGCGCGAGCUUCGGCCUCGGCUCUGCACCAUGAAGAAGGGCGCCAAUGGCUAUGGCUUCAACCUGCACAGCGACAAGUCCAAGCCAGGCCAGUUCAUCCGGGCAGUAGACCCUGACUCGCCCGCCGAGGCUUCAGGGCUCCGGGCCCAGGACCGCAUCGUGGAGGUGAACGGGGUCUGCAUGGAGGGCAAGCAGCAUGGGGAUGUGGUGUCUGCCAUCAAGGCUGGUGGGGACGAGACCAAGCUGCUGGUGGUGGACAAGGAGACUGACGAGUUCUUCAAGAAAUGCAAAGUGAUCCCAUCUCAGGAGCACCUGAAUGGUCCCUUGCCUGAGCCCUUUACCAAUGGGGAGAUCCGGAAGGAGAACAGUCGUGAAGCCCUAGCCGAGACGGCGUCUGAGAGCCCCAGGCCAGCCCUGGCAAGAUCCACCUCCAGUGAUACCAGUGAGGAGCUGAAUUCCCAAGACAGCCCCAAGAAACGGGACUCCACGGCACCCUCAUCUACCUCCUCCUCCUCCUCCGACCCCAUCCUGGACUUCAACAUCUCCCUGGCCGUGGCCAAAGAGAGGGCCCACCAGAAGCGCAGCAGCAAACGGGCCCCGCAGAUGGACUGGAGCAAGAAAAACGAACUCUUCAGCAACCUCUGAGCGCCCCUCCCACCAACCCCCCAGGAAAGCUGGAAGGGCCGGCCAGUCCCACACCCCGACCUAACUCCCUUCCCCUCUUCCCCACUUCCCCCCAAAUCGACAAACAAAUCAGCACCAGCAUCUCCCAUCUUUGCAAAUCUGAUUUUUCUAGAGAACUAUGUUCUUCCCUUAUUGCAGGGAAGGUGAAUGGUUUUCCGUCCUGCCCCAAUCAAAAAGCAGACUCUGUCCCCCUCCCCCUCACUGAAUGCUUCAGGCUACCAGGUGUCCCCUUGCUACCCCAACUGGGACAUCACUGGGACCUGCACCAAGCAAGGAUCGUGGGACCUGCAAGAGGUCAUCUUCCCUCACGACCCCACGAGAUGACUGGGUCCAGGGUUGAUCAAGGACUUGAUUAUAGCGAUGACAUCUCGGAGUAGAUGGGGGUGCAUCAUCCUGAGAGCUGUGGCUUGGGCAUCUUACUUUUGUUCAUUUGAUUUUUUUUUUGUUUUUUUAAGUGCAGUAUCACAGAGUUUAGAAGGAUUUUUGUUUCCUUGAUUAACAUGAUUUUCUGGGUUGUUGCAUCUAGGACAUAGCAGCAGCCUCAGCCUUAAACUUUGUUUCUUCUCCCACCUUAGAGACCCUGGCACCAUGGGGAGGGUUUGACCAUGCCCUGCCCAGCCCAGCCUUGAGCCAAGCACCACCAUUGUAAGGAAGCUCCAUCAGAAAUCCAACUGGUUUCUCCAACCCA